AUGGAUCCGGAAUCAGUCGUCACCGAGGUUGCCGAGACCAUCCAAAUAGGCCACAUUCGAUCUCAUCCCGACUUGAACUACCAUGCCGCGCCAUCUACUGCGGCCGAUAGAAAAGAGCAAAUCAUCUUUCACAGCCCCCGUCUCAGCGACGAUGACCUGCUCGACGACAUGGCUGAUGAUGGCGGAGAUCUUCCCUACAGCGUCCUCCGACCAGCCCCCAAGACACAUAACCUCCCUCCUCUACCAGACUUACGAUUUGAACAGAGUUACCUCCGCAGCAUUGAAAAUGCAGAUACUUGGUGGAAGAUAUUGCUCAUCACGGCAAGGGACCAAAUCAUGAUGCCCUUCGCACAGGGCCUGAUAUACAACUUGUUGUUAUGCGGCUGGCAGCAUUGGAACCGGAAUGCUAAGUUACAUGGUAACACGGCAGGCUCCCGCGUACGAAGAUGGUGGUACGGCGUCAACAAUUGGAAGAUACCCAAUCGACAGACGUAG